CUCGUCAUUCAGCCCUUUCUGUAUCGGCGCCUCACGGAGGAAGCAUCGCGCGCGCAGCGGUCUGAGACAGAGGCCUACACCCCCCCCCACCCGCCGCCAUGUCCAAGUCCGAGUCCCCUAAGGAACCUGAGCAGCUGCGCAAGCUCUUCAUCGGUGGCCUGAGCUUCGAGACAACAGAUGAGAGCCUUCGUGGCCACUUCGAGCAAUGGGGCACACUCACCGAUUGCGUGGUAAUGAGAGAUCCAAAUACCAAGCGCUCCAGGGGCUUUGGGUUUGUUACAUACUCUACAGUAGAAGAGGUUGAUGCUGCCAUGAAUGCUAGACCGCACAAAGUUGAUGGCAGAGUUGUUGAACCAAAGAGGGCCGUAUCCAGAGAGGACUCUCAGAGGCCUGGAGCUCACCUGACAGUGAAGAAAAUCUUUGUUGGUGGGAUUAAGGAAGACACAGAGGAGCACCACCUGAGAGACUACUUUGAACAGUAUGGCAAAAUUGAAGUGAUUGAGAUCAUGACAGACCGUGGCAGUGGCAAGAAGAGAGGCUUUGCAUUCGUCACCUUUGAUGACCACGACUCCGUGGACAAGAUUGUUAUUCAGAAAUAUCACACUGUGAAUGGCCACAACUGCGAAGUGAGGAAAGCACUGUCAAAGCAAGAAAUGGCCAGCGCUUCAUCCAGCCAAAGAGGUCGCAGUGGCUCUGGGAACUUCAGUGGUGGCGGCGGCCGUGGAGGUGGAUUUGGUGGAAAUGACAACUUUAACCGUGGCAGCAACUUCAGUGGUCGUGGUGGGUUUGGUGGCAGCCGCGGUGGUGGCUAUGGAGGCAGUGGAGACGGCUAUAAUGGAUUUAGCAAUGAGGGUUAUGGUGGUGGCGGCGGCGGUGGCCCUAGCUACUCUGGAGGAAGCAGAGGCUACGGUGGCAGUGGCAACUAUGACGGCUAUAACAACGGAGGUGGUGGCGGCUUUGGCAGUGGCAGUGGAGGAAGCAGCUUUGGAGGUGGCGGAAACUACAAUGACUUUGGCAGUUACAACAACCAAUCUUCAAACUUUGGCCCUAUGAAAGGAGGGAACUUCGGAGGCAGGAGCUCUGGUCCAUACAGCAGUGGUGGGGGGGUCGCACUCGGAGGCUUGCUAUCUGAAAGGGGUCACCCGAACAAAAGUUUGAGAACCACUGCUAUAACGCCAUCUCCAAUUGCUCUCUCAGGUGGCUACGGUGGCUCCAGUAGUGGCGGUAGUUAUGGAGGUGGGAGAAGGUUUUAACUACCAGGAAACAAAGCUUAGCAGGAGAGGAGAGCCAGAGAAGGGACAGGGAAGCGACAGGUUACAACAGUUGUGAACUCAGCCAAACACAGUUGUGGCAGGGUGUAGCUGCUACAUGAAGACAUGUGUUAGACAAACUCUCCUUUGCAAACAUAAGGACUGUAUUUGUGACUAAUUGUAUAACAGGUUAUUUUAGUUUCUGUUCUGUGGAAAGUGCAAAGCAUUCCAAUAAGGGUUUUUAUGUAGAAUUUAUUUUAUUUUUUUCCGCACCCAUGCUGUUGAUUGCUAAUUGUAAUAGACUGAUCAUGACGCUGAAUAAAUGUGUCUUUUUUUUAAAUGUGCUGUGUAAGUUAGUCUGAUAUAAGUCAAUUGAAUGCUAUCCUAGCUAUAUGAAUGCUGCAGUACCUGCAUGUAACUAGACCAGGUAUACCUCAGCAAUAGUCCACUGCAGUGUCACUGGGCAGGAACAGUCGUUUGUGGGCCAUGUCAGGACUCCUGAGCUGGGUCCUGAAGAUUAAUGCCAGGGGCUGUGUGUAUUAGCAGCUUCACAGCUGUAACCACCAAUGGAAUCUGUAGAUUUAGUUGUGCUGCCUCCGUGUAACCCUUGUAGACAGGACUUGGGUAUCCUGUACUCCAGCUGCCACCGAUGCAGCUGUUGGUGAAUUACAGCUGCAAAGUCUGCUAGUGUAGAUGGGUCCAGAGACUGUCUUACAGCAAACAAAAGGGGCUAAUUCCUCGCAUGGUGCAUAUACCCAUGUAAAUCCUUUCUCAUCAAACAAGAUUAACUUGCCUGGACAAAGUAUAUCAGGAUUCUGCUCUAUACAAGAGCAAAAGUCAGUUGAUGUUGAGUAGCUAGGGCUGUAAACUGAAGUGUAAUGGACCAGUCCCUGCCAGCCAAAACUUCCCAUAAAAACUGUCCCUGGGCUAUCUCACAAAGUUAGGGGGAUUAACUCAUUGGCAUGGAUCUUCUGUCCAGUUAACCAAAUCCUACUGGCUGGCAGAGUUUGGAA